GCAUGCUGGGGGAAAUGGCCUAAGUGGGCGGCGGUGGGGGGAGGGGGCUGGGUCGGACCGAGGUGGGUGCUGUUGCCGCGGGCUUUGACAUGGGUUCCCCCUGAUGGCGGCCGCCCCGGGAGGCCCCAGAUAACACCGGCCUGGUCCCUGUGCGGAGCCACCCUCUGCCUGGCCAUGCCAGGCCCAGCCGCCCCUGCAGGAGGCCGGAGGUAUAAAUUAACCUUCUAAAAGGAAUUAAACAAUGGAACCAGACAUAAUUCGGAUGUACUCUUCUUCCCCUCCUCCACUAGACAAUGGUGCUGAUGAGGAUGACAAUGAUGAAUUUGGGGAAUUUGGUGGAUUCUCUGGUGUUGGCACGUCUGGUAUAGGUUUUGCUGAUUUUGAUGCACCAGACUACAGUAAUUCAAAGGAGGAGUUUAUACCCACAAACCAUUUUAUGCCAAUUCAUGAUUACUCUGACAAUGGAGAUAGCCUUGCAACCUUUAACUCUGUUAAAAAUGGUAAAGAUAAAGACUGCAUUGCAGAACUUCCUAAACCUGCUAAAGAACUCUCUGAUAUAUCAACUAAAACCAGCAAAGAAAAAUGUAAAUCUAGAACGUCAGGUUCUUCCUUUGAUGUUAAUCUGGAAGAUAUAAAGACAAUAGGGGAACAAAAAGAGAACAGGGGAAAAGCAGAGGGUUUCUCCUCUGAAGGUGUUAGAACUGAUAUGAAAGUUACAGGCCAGGACCAGCAAAUAGACACUUGUAAUGGUGAGAAACUCCCAUGUCUAGAGAUUCUAACAAAUGGUUUUGCAGCAUUGGACUCUGUAAAUCCUCAGGGAAUAGAAGAUCUGGACAGUGUCAGUGACUCAAAGGGACUAAAAACUACUAGCACUCAUAGCACUGAGUUAAGUUUAGACUCUCUGCCCAGCCCAGCUGAGGAUUUUGCAGAUUUUGCUGCAUUCUCAAACAAUGAAACAAUCCAUUUAGAAGAACUAGGACAUAAAAUAUGCAAAGUUUUUAAUGAAAGAGAAGCACUGAAUGUACAGGAAAACCAUAUAAUAAAUAGAGUGGCUGAACAAAGUAUUAUGAAGGAACAGUCUUCAGAUAGAAGCCACGAAUAUGAAGGAGAGACUUGCACUGAAGAUGAGCAGGCUUGCAUUUCAGAAACCAAUUUAGUAGAUAAUGAAGUUGGUAGUAAUUGUGAGCAGGACUCUACAGCACUGGAACAUAAUGACUUCAUUUGUAGCACAACUCAAAAAACUGAGAUUUCAAUAGGCACUACUGAAAAUGCAGAAAACACUGGAAGGCGAAAAUAUUGUGACCGUGGGAACAGCAAAGACCUUGAUUUUUCUAGGGCUGAUGAUUCUUCAGAAACAGAAAGUAUCAACUUUACUAAAAUUCAAAACCCCACCAGUGAUCCUGCAGAAGAAACUGAUUUGGGUGAUUUUGCAGAUGUAAAGAAUGGUGAAAGUAGCACUGAAUUUCUGUCUUGUAGUGAUACAAACGAAGAUGAUUUUGGUGAUUUUGGCACAGUCAGUGGUGCAUCUCCUGCUUUUAUUAGUGAUACUCAAGAGUCAGUGAAUGAUUUAAGUUUAGAAGACUCUUCUGAACAAUCUGCACACUUCAGUGAGCCAAGUGGUAAAUUUGGUGAGUUUAGGGAUAUAAAUAUUGAGGUAACUGUUGACAAACAAAAAUUAGAUCAGUCUGAACUAAAUCAGACACUAGAAUAUAGAGCUACCAAUACGCUUUCUGACUUGGAAGUCCCACCUCUUACUGAGUUGGAAUAUGGAAAGAAUAGUGAAUUUGGAGAGUUUGAUUCAGUGCCAACACCUCAAGAUGAGUGCAGUGCUUUUCAGGACUCUGAAGAUUUUGCAGACUUUAGUUCAGCUGGUUGUAACCAAGCUGCAGAGUGGAAUGCUUUUGAAGAUGAACAGAAAGAAAGCUGUUAUUGGGCUGCUUUUGGAGAUGAACAAGCUGCUGAAUCUUAUUAUAGAAAAGAGACGUGGCAGUCACAUAGGACAGUUGCAUCUCUUAGUAUUGACAGCCCUGUGACCCAUCAGACUGAUGGUGUUGCUUUGGCAUCUUUCCAGGGAGUUGCUAGUAGGCGAGAAUCAGCACCUUCAAUUCAGACAACGUUGCUAAGCCGUCUGGAGCGAAUAUUUGAAGUUUGCUUUCCUUCCAUACCUGUUCUUGAAAUAGAGGAAGAGAUAAUUUCCUUGAAAAAGCUGCUGAGUCAUAUGAUUCUUCCUGUUGAUGAUUGAUUUUUCAUGGGUUGUGUAGGAAACUUAUGGGAAGUGUGGACACAGCUGCAGGAUAUCCAUGAUUCGUAUGGAUUGAGAUAUCAGUGGGGUGGCUCCAGCAGCAACAAAAGCUUUUAUUGCUCCUUGGGAAUUGACACAAGAAAUAUUCUCUUUACAGGCAACAAGAAGCAGCCUGUUAUUGUACCCAUGUAUGCAGCAGGACUGGGUAUGCUAGAGCCUACCAAGGAACCUCUGAAACCAUACUGCUGCAGAAAAAUAGCUUCUAUAGGACAGACUACCCCUGUAUCACCAGAGAUGAGCACAUGUACAUCUGAUCAGUUCCAGGAAUCUCUACCACCUGUCCAGUUUGACUGGAGUAGCAGUGGCCUUACUAACCCUUUAGAUGCUAGUGGAGGUUCCACUCUUCUGAACCUUGAUUUCUUUGGGCCCGUGGAUGACAGUAGCUCUAGCAGCACGACCACAAUGCCAGGUGUGGAUCCAGAGUUGUAUGAGUUGACAACUUCAAAACUGGAAACCUCCAGUACAAGCAGCAAAGUGACCGAUGCAUUCGCAAGGCUCAUGUCCACAGUAGAGAAGGCAAGCACAUCUACAAGGAAGCCUAAAAAGGAAGAACAUCUUAGUGAAGAGGCUGCCAAGGUGAUUUCUAGCCUUCCUGACUUAACUUUCAUGCAUGCCAAGGUGUUGAUGUUCCCAGCCACAUUAACACCUUCAACACGCUGCCAAGAAAAGGUAGACUAAGUGAUGUGAAUUGGACACUUUCUAUUGAUUUUCCCCCCCCCCCUUCUGGGUCAUAAAAAGCAAUCUUGCUUUAAUUAAAAACUUCAAGUUCAGAUGAUUUGUUGGUAAGCAGCAGUAGAAAGGUAUACAUAGUAAUGUAUAUUUAUUUACAUACUGGAAUCUAAAUUUAUAUUAGAAAAAAGUGUAAAUAAUUGGGGGUGAAUCUUUUUGAAGAUUUAUUCUUUUUGUUGUGGGCUGGGAUGUAUACAUUUCUGUCUUUGUGAAAUACACUGGUGUCCUUACAAAACUUUUACAAAAUUUAAAAAAAAAAUUCCAAUCUUCACUCUCUGUGAAAUCCCCUUUCAGUGUUUUCAGAUUGUAUCAAGUGUCUUAAUUUCUUUUCUGCAUAUAUUAAAAUAUUUCAUUUUAACUGAAAAAGGCUAAAAGGUCACAUGGGUUUUUGCUUGGGUUUGGGGUUUUUUUGGUGGGGUUUUUUUCAGCUGUUUCUUUAAAACAGGCAGUUCCUUCUGUUUGAUCAACCUCAAUUUUUUUGUGUUUUUCUCUCUUCAAACUUUAACAAUAUGGCUAAAACACUAGCCUUUUGAAAGGUAUAUUGUCAGUACCUUUCUGUGUUAAGUUCUGGAUCACUGUCUAAACGCUGUCUACAUUUAAUCAAUUUGAUUUGGAAAAGAAGGACCAAAACUAUGAAUGUCUUACAAUGAGAUUUAUCUGUUACAGUUUUUGUUCUGUUGUACCACUAUUCCUAUGUUUGAUUUUGCACAGUGUAAAAUGACAUAAUCAUAGAUUGCUAUGGUUUAGGCUGUAUAUACAGUAAAAACUAUGGGUUGUAAAUGUUUGGGGAAAUUCCUAUGGAAAAAUAAAGCUAUGUAGAAGAACCUCUAACAAGGUUAAUGUGCAUGCCUAAAGUCUUUUGAAAUUUAAGUGUGUAAAUUUCCUUUUAGCUUACACAAAAUAAAAUAAUUUAAAAGA